CUCACACACGCACGCACACACUCAGAUCAGCACGCGUGCUGUGAAGACAUGAUUCAAACAUUCACACUCUGGAUUUCUUCAGUAGCCUCUUCCAAAAGCUGGCCAGCUCUACACUCCAGAGGGAAAAUCGCCUUCGCCGUGUUUGUAAUUCCCAUGUUCCUUUAUCGUAUUAUUCAGGGCUCAUGGGGACUCUCAGAGAUCUUCAGUUCGCACUUCAGUUGAAGAUUGAGGAGUUACGGCAGAGAGAUGCUCUUAUCGACGAGCUGGAGCUUGAACUGGACGCUAAAGAUGAUCUGAUACGCCGCCUGCAGGGGGAGCUCGACCGCCUUCGCCUCUCCGCUCCAGGCAUCUCAGCAGCCAAUGCUGGUCAACAACGUGCUUCUUGCCUGAGAGUGAGGAGAAAAGCUCUGGUAACAGAGCCAGUAACCUUGGAGCCGAAACUAGUCUUACAAAACCCGCCAAUCAGCUAUAGCAAGAGUCAAGAGUCAAAGAGGCUGAUAGAAUCGGCUCUAGAAGAAAAUGAGUGCAUGAAAUAUCUAGACAGGGAUCAGAUGCUGUGUUUGGUGGAUUCUGUGCAUCCCAUCACGCUCAAACAGGGUGUGUGUGUUGUCCAGGAAGGAGAUAACGGAACCCAGGCAUACAUAGUUGAAGAGGGAAAACUGGAGGUAACCGGGGCUGGCCAGAGGCUGCACAUCAUUGAGCCGGGGAUGAUGUUUGAAGAACUGGCCCUCAUUCAUAACCACACCUGCUCCACUACUGUCACAGCUCUUGUGAACAGCAGGCUGUGGGUGAUGGAGGGUCAAGUGUUUCAGAGGGUCAUGCAGAGAAGCAGCCUCAUCACUAUCACUCAGUCUCUGCACUUCCUGCGCAGUGUCCCCCUACUCUGUGUGUUACCGGAGGAUGUUCUCAUUAAAGUGUCUGAUGCGCUGGAGGAGUCUCACUACAGUGAUGGUGAUUAUAUAAUGCGAAAUGGAAGUCCAGGAGACAAACUCUUCAUUUUGAGUCAAGGCCAGGUGAAAGUAUUAGAUAAUGAGGAGAGUAUGAUGGUGUGUGUCCUCUCCAGAGGGGAUUGUUUUGGAGACAGAGCUCUACAAGGAGACGACAUGAGGUCGAUGAGUGUUCUUGCUGCAGGCAAUGUGACAUGUCUGGUCAUAGACAAAGAGUUUUUCAAAAAAGUAACUGGAGGCUUGGACGAUGCCAGAAAAAAUCCUAGCAACAAGGCCAAAUCGAAGGCAGAGGAAGAUGGGACUGCGUUUGGUGAAAUGUCUCUCAGCAGUUUUCAGGUGCUGUGUAAUCUGGGGGAAGGACAGUACAGCCACACUCAGCUUGUCCAUUUGAAGAGUGACCCCAGCUGUAAGUUUGCAUUAAAGACCAUAAGAAAGCAGGCAAUACAGAGCCCAGGCCAAAGAGAGAGGAUGCUCGCAGAGAAACACAUCUUGAUGGAUCUCCACAGUCCAUUUAUAGUAAGGUUGCAUUGUACCUUUAAAGAUGCUCGGUUCCUGUAUAUGCUGAUGGAGGCUUGUGAAGGUGGAGAUCUGUGGAUUUUACUGAGAGAGAGGGGGUCACUGGAAGAAGAUGCUGUUCGCUUCUACGCAGCGUGCGUGCUGGAAGCUCUUAGUGAACUACAUGGCAAAGGCAUUGUUCACAGAGACCUGAAACCUGAAAAUGUGCUACUGGACCAACGUGGAUAUGCUAAAUUGACAGGGUUUGGUUGUGCUAAGAAGCUGGGUUCUUUGCACAGGGCUUGGUCAUUCUGUGGGUCUGUGGGUUAUCAGCCUCCAGAGGUCAUUCUGCAUCAAGGUCACAGCCUGCCUGCAGAUCUCUGGGCUGUAGGGAUGUUGCUGUAUGAACUGCUCAACAGCAGCCCCCUGUUCUCUGACUCAGAGCAGCUGAAGGUUUAUACAGCAGCUCUGAAGGGAACAGAUGAGCUAGAGUUCCCCAAAACCAUCAGCAGGACUGCAGCACAUCUCAUCAAGAGCCUCUGCAGGCUCAACCCCACAGAGAGACUGGGCCAGAGGAACGGGGUCAAGGACAUCUGCAAACACGUGUGGUUUGAAGGAUUCGACUGGGAAGGACUUCAGAAGGGCACAUUGACUCCGCCAGUAAUACCAAACGUUCCCUCUGUCUCUGAUCAUGGAGGAUCAUCACUCCUGGCAGAAACCCACACUGAAGCAGCGCCAUUUGAUGAUUCUGGCUGUGAUAUAGACUUUUGAUUUGUACCAUGGUGAUAUGGAGGAUGUAAAUUGGAAAAAAAAUAUCGGACUCUGGUGUACUUAAUUUCUUCAAUGCAGUUGACAGUAUACAGCUCCAGGACUCAAUAAUCAACGCUGGAAUUACUUCAAAUAUGUCUCUAAGAAAUGCAAUUGUACAUGAUUCCUUUUGGGUUUCUUUCAUGUGUAAACAAUUUUAAAGAGUACUAAAGAUUUUUUUUUUUUUUUUUUUUUUGAGGAUUUCAACUUUUAGAACAUGUUUCUAGACUAUUGUGAUUACUCAUUUACCAUUGUUCAUGUACCAUGAAAAUCCAGUCAUUUCAAUAGAAAUCCAUGCAAUCGAGAAUUUCACGUAAAGGCGAAAGAUUGCCUCACGCAGAUUUCAAUUUUGUGGAUUCGUCGCACUGACCCAGUGUUGGGGAAAGUUACUUUUAAAAGUAAUGCAUUACAAUAUUGCGUUACUCCCUAAAAAAGUAACUAAUUGCGUUACUCAGUUACUUUUUAUGGAAAGUAAUGCAUUACAUUACUUUUGCGUAACUUUUUCUCACCUGGGCUGGGCUUGCUUGUGAUGUUUAUCUAAAGUCAUUUUUGCUUAUUAGUAUGGUUGAAUUGGAUAAUCGAAGGUCAGCAGCAAAGACAUUGGUUAAUAAAGUAAGAUUAAAUACAUAAAGUACAUUUGUUUAAUUAAAUUGCAAGUUUGUGCAAUAUUCUGAGAUUGCAUUUCACUGUUUUUAUUCAUUUUGAGGAAUACUGACUCUGUUUUUGUGAAAAUGAGAGGGGUAAAUGUUCAUAUUUAGCAGAGGUGGGAGUAAGUCAGAAGUAAGUCUCAAGACUUAACUUUCAAGUCUCAAGCAAGUCCAAGUCAUUUUUUGUGAGAAUCAAGCAAGUCAAGUCACUGCUUUAUGUCAAGCAAUUCAAGUCAAGUCGUAGCUUGGGUCAAACAAGUCACUAGCAAGUCAUACAAAUGUUUGAUGAUUUAUCUGAAUUUAUAUUAAAAUAAGUUAAAACUA